UGCUGGACGUGAAGGAGCUAACGUCGCUGCAAAAUGCACAGCAGAACCACAGCAGGGGGGGACUGAUCACAGCCCACCCUGCGUCACUCAACACAUUUUGGAGGGGGGGGGGGGGGGGUGUCACAACUUGGGACAAACGAUUGCCACAUUUGCCGCCUCAUCAGCUGGCAGCAUGGAUAAACUGACCAUCAUUUCAGGGUGCCUGUUCCUGGCAGCGGAUAUCUUUGCCAUAGCCAGCAUUGCAAACCCGGAUUGGAUCAACACUGGUGAAUCUGCAGGUGCCCUUACAGUCGGUCUAGUCCGGCAAUGUCAGACCAUCCACGGACGAGACCGGACCUGCAUUCCACCUCGGCUGCCCCCAGAGUGGGUCACCACACUUUUCUUCAUCAUCAUGGGCAUCAUCUCCCUCACCGUCACCUGUGGACUACUAGUGGCAUCGCACUGGCGCAGAGAAGCCACAAAAUACGCCCGCUGGAUCGCCUUUACUGGCAUGAUCCUGUUCUGUAUGGCGGCGCUCAUCUUCCCCAUAGGCUUCUAUAUCAACGAGGUGGGAGGCCAGCCGUACAAGCUGCCUAACAACACAGUGGUCGGCUCCUCGUAUGUGCUGUUUGUCCUCUCCAUCUUCUUCACCAUAGUGGGACUUCUGUUUGCAGGCAAAGUUUGCCUCCCAGGCUGAGGACUCGACCGUGCCCGCCUCUGGACUGACACAAGAGGCUCUGAAAAUGUUAUGGGAUUUACAAAAAAACACACACAAUGACUGAAAAUCAAAAACAACAAACUCUGGGCACACGCCUGAAACAGGGAAGUCUUUGAUUAUGUGUCAAGGGACCGCAGCACCACGGAGUACCUAAUGAUUUAAAAAAAAAUAAAAAAAAAAUUAAAAGGAACAAAACACUAAAAGUGGAGACUUGGUCACAAAGGGGUGGAGGAGUGAGAGAGAGCGGGCGGCUGAGGCUGUCGCAGCACCCUUCAAGUGUUGCUUUGAAACAUGGCCGUCGCUGUUGUUCUGGCAAAGGGUGCUUAAUGUGCUGCUGUCAUGGCAACUGCGGCCACAAUGCUGGCGCACAUUUCUCGAGGACCACUGCAGUCACUCUUCAACUUGACCCCCGUUCGCCCGCUGCACCGCCCUCAGCACACAUCAGCGCCGUCACGACUGCUCCUGUUGCUAUUUUUGGCUUCUAUUAGCUAUUUCAGUUGUGUGUUUUUUUUAUUCUGUUGUUGUACAUUUUGUGUUCUUUUUUUUGUUGUUUGUUUAGUUUUUUUCCUUCCUACCCUCACCACCUUUUCACUAAAGUAGAUUGAGUGUAAUUGAGAUUCACUGAACUGAGUCUUUGAGGGGAAAUGGGUGUUUUUUCUGCCAGCUCAGCUUUGAAGCAGGAUUUUUUUCUUGCCUGUCACUUCACGCAGCCCCAGGUGUGUAGCCUGGGUGAGCAGCUAUGAGCACAGCUGUCUGGGCCAGCUGUGGACGAGAGGAAGGUGCAGGUGUGACGCCUCUUGGUGUCAAAACAGCUGCAGCUGAGGAGCAGGUAGCAAAGAGGGGGAGACCUCCCUGAGCAGCAGAACAGGAGGUCAAGUACCAUAAAGGAGAAUGCCACUCAAUGUAAGACCUUGCAUUAUGUUAUUUAUAUGUACAGCAACGGAGUACUGGAGAGUAUUAUUUUGCUAAGCUAAACACAUAAGAUUGAUACACAUUGUUUUGCCAAUAACUAGAAGACUGUGAAUUUAGAGAACAAUCAUCUGAACAUAAACACACUAUUAUAAUAUAAUUCUGUUAAGUACAGCCACAAACAAAGUGGUCUUUUAAAAGGUGUUACAUUUCAGAGGGGUUGAGAUGAAUCUAUAUCAGUAAUUAGUGCAGACAGUAUUGACUUUUUAUAAAUGGAGCUGAAGUUACAUUAAGGUGUGAAAAUAACAAGUGUGAUGUGCUGAAAAUUGGUGGCAUUCUCCUUUAAUGUUGGACAGGAUCGAAGCGAGCCAGGAGCUUUUUUUCUUUUUCGUUCUUGUUUGGUGCAACAGUGGAGGCCCAGGGACUGCAGGUCAGGUCCGUGCACAGGGCUGAGCCUCAGUGUGCUGCUCUCGAGGCCCGUGAAUGAAACACACACACACACACACACACACAUAGACAUGUAAAGCCACCACACCGUCUGUCUGUACUGAGUAGAAUCACAUAUUAGGGCUGCAACGAAUUAUCAUUUUCAUUUCAAACUUUUAACUUAAAAAACACACACACACACACACACACACACACACACACACACACACACACACACAGGAAGGUGCAGAUCAGUGUGACCUUCAAAAGUAAAAUGCGUCACACAGUUCUUCCCCCGUAUUUGGUGCUUUAGUCAGCGCACCAAACGUUUUUGGUCAUCUUGACUCCACCAAGAUGAUGUCUAAGGUUAUUUCUGGUUUCGGGCUCAUAAUAAGCUUUGUAACUACAAAUCCCAUAAUUGGAGGCUUUAGUGGAUGUAUAAUGUUGCCAUGGAGACAGUGGGUUAUGCUUUGGAGGACAACCUGAGCCCUGUUUUUUUUUUUUUUUUGCCUAUAUUAGUUCUCGUUGUGACAAAGUGGGGCCCUUAGAAGUAUGAAAAUGAGUAAAUAUUAGAUAUUUUUUUGUAGUUUUAAAUGUCUUUUUUUUCUACGAUUCUUAGCAGAUUAAUGGACAUUAAUUCACAAUGAACAUCUGUGAUUAUUCUUAAAAACAUCUGGUCUUUACAAAGCGCCAAAUUCUGUAUUUGUUUACCUCACUUUUCAAACUCAUUCUUCAAAAUACUGUUUCAGCAAAUCUCUUCCAUUUCUGAAACUAAUUUAUUUUUACAGUUGACCUUGACACAGACAUCCCUCAACUGAAUUGCUCUCAAUUGUCACAAGACCAGUUUAUAACACAGAUUUACAAUUUAUUAUCAAUAUAGUUGCAGAUUAAUUUUGUUUUGAUUGCUCCUCCAAAUAUAUACAAAAAACCCCAAAUUUAAGCUUGUUCUUUAUAUGUUUACAUUCAUAACAAUUUGAGGAUUAUACAACCUACUGACACUGAUAUCUCUCCUGAAAUCUGUGCGUGCGUGUGUGUUGAAUCAAUCACGGGGCUCAUUCUUAAGAGUUUUGUUUUGUAUUUCUGUUUCCUGCUCAGCUCUUCUUCCUCUCGGUCUGAUGAUGUAAACUGCUAUCUCCACACUCUGCAGAGCCCUCCCUGUGUUGGUUGGUUGGUUGGUUGGUUGGUUGGUUGGUUGGUUGGUUGGUUCAGUAUUGUGCCAUGACCUGUUUUUGUUUAAUAAUGUACAGACACACAAAAGGCAGGCUGUAUUAGGAAGCACUGUGCAUUCAACAGUAUAGGUAACAGAAAUAGAAGCACCACAAAUGUAUAAAAAAAAGAGAACUUCUUACCUCAUUGUUUUUUGUUUCUGCUAUUAUUUUCUAAUGGUGGCAACGUGUGCCCUCUAAUUUGUCUCUUGCCUUGAUCGGAUGUCUUCACAUAAAGCCUAUGAUCAUAGGAAAUUAUUUAUCACUGAAUAAA